AUCUGUAAUAUCAAUCGUGAUUCAGACUUUGUUUCCUUUUCAUUUUCUUUCAAGGUAGUUGUGUUCCUUAACACAAACCUCAAAAACGCAAAGACAUUAGAAAAGAAUAUUUUUUAGAGAACAGCGUUGCUCCACCACUGUUUCCCAGAUUAUAAGUAUAGUAAUCCUUUAUCCCGUCUAAUCUCCAUCCAUCCAUUCAUUCAUCCCUCACUCCCUCACUCCCUCACUCACUUCCCUUACUCACUCACUCUGGUCACUGUCUUAGGAACCCUAGAACAAGCAAAGAGACAAAAACCAACCUUGGAUCUGCAAAGCCAAAGGCUCAAGUUCCAUGGAUUCAAUUCAGGAAUUUAUGGACUCCUGUAACUCUCACAUCACCACCACCACAACCGCCGUCACCGCCACCAGCAACAGCUUAGUCGGUACCUCCAAUUCCCCUUCCGCUUCCCCCAACACCAGCAGCCGCUACGAGAACCAAAAGCGCCGUGACUGGAACACCUUUGGCCAGUACCUCAAGAAUCACCGACCCCCUCUCUCCCUCUCCAGGUGCAGCGGUGCACACGUCCUUGAAUUUCUCAGGUACUUGGACCAAUUUGGCAAGACCAAAGUGCACACUCCGAUCUGUCCCUUUUACGGGCACCCAAACCCUCCAGCACCAUGUCCGUGUCCUCUAAGGCAAGCCUGGGGAAGCCUUGAUGCCCUCAUAGGUCGUCUCAGGGCAGCUUAUGAGGAAAACGGAGGGAAGCCUGAAAUCAACCCAUUUGGAGCAAGAGCUGUCAGACUCUACCUCCGGGAGGUUCGUGAACUUCAGUCCAAAGCAAGAGGCAUCAGCUAUGAGAAGAAGAAACGAAAGCGUCCACCACCACCUCCACCACCGCUUCCACAACCACCACCACAACAACAACAAUCAUUGACUCUUCCUCAUCACCACCACCAUCACCACCACCACCACCACCACCUCCCUCCUCCAGGUGCAACUCAAUAAGAUGUGCUCAUCCCAUGGAAAAUCCCACUCAUCUGCCUCUCAACGCUUUUCCUGUCAUUGUUUAUGAUCUCUAUUUUAAGUAGUAUAUUAAAUUUAAUUAGGGUUUUCGUGAUUUUUCAGCUGAAAGUGAAAGUUUUCUAGUAGCAGUCCGUGUAGACUGCUGCUUGUAGUUUUAUCCUGUUUGCUCUGGCAGGAACAAAAAAAGGUUAAAGAUGAGAUGAGGGAUAUAUGAUCAUGAAGCUGCUUUUAAAGAAUACUGUGUGGUACUGGGAGUAGACUGCUAGUGGGGUACCUAAAAAGUGGUAGUGCGAGUGAAUGAACGAACCAACGAAUGAAUAUACAAGGAAGCCAUCAUCCUCACUGUGAGGAACCAAAAGCAACGCAUUAUUCAUAGUUUUCUUUAUGUAUGUAUGUAUCUUUUUAUAUCCUCUCUAGACUUGCAGACUAUAUAUAUCUAUAUACAUCUCCGUUCUUCUCAACUUUUGGGUUUCCUUCUUAAGUUUCUACUUUCAAUGUUUCAAUUAUAUCUACUCGUUGGCCGCUCUAGAAAUUCAAUGCCCGAGUUGUUAAUUGUUUGAAGCCAUAGAAUAGGUAGUGAGUCACUUCCGUACUUCUUCUAUGACACCUUCCUCAUUAUUUUGGUCUUCUACAUGUGUCUCAUAUUCAUGCUCAUUAAUGGUUUCGUAGACACACGAGAUUAAUAUUUUUUCUUUCAACUUGACACUUUUUACUGCUUUACU